UUUCCAUGUACAAGAAAGAAAGAAGAAAGCAGCAGCCAGCAGCAGCCAGCAGUCUGAAAGUCACAAGAGAGAGAGAGAGAGAUCGAAGGUUUGUUUUCAUGAAAAUGGUGCAAGAUCAACAGGAAAUCAGAAAGGGCCCAUGGACUGAACAAGAGGACUUCCAACUGGUGUGCUUUGUGGGCUUGUUUGGAGACCGACGAUGGGAUUUCUUAGCCAAAGUUUCAGGUUUGAACAGAACCGGUAAGAGUUGCAGGUUAAGGUGGGUUAAUUACUUGCACCCUGGCCUCAAAAGAGGCAAGAUGACCCCUCAAGAAGAGCGCCUUGUGCUUGAGCUUCACUCCAAAUGGGGAAAUAGAUGGUCAAGAAUUGCUAGAAAGUUACCAGGGAGGACUGAUAAUGAGAUUAAGAAUUAUUGGAGGACUCAUAUGAGGAAGAAGGCUCAAGAGAAGAAGAGGGCUGUGUCACCAUCAUCAUCAUCUUCCAACUGUUCAUCAUCAUCAAACAUCACCACCAAUGAAGGAGGAGCAAGCUUUUAUGACACCGGUGGGGCUGAAAUCGUGGCUUCAUCAGCAGAGAAGAAAAAUAUCAACAGUGGAGAUCAAGAGAAAGAAGAUGGUAAUGACACUACUAAAAGGGACCAAAGGGAGUAUUCACUUGAUGAUAUAUGGAAAGACAUCAAUUUGCCAGAAGUGAACAGUAUUGAACCAGUUUAUGAUGGCAGCUAUGGUGAAGAAGUCUGCAAAUUUUCAUGCCCUUUAAUGGCUACUCCUCCUCCACUGUCAUGGGAUUCACUGUUUAAAAUAGAUGAAGAUCAAGAGAGUAAGAAUAUGUUUCUGCCUACUACCCCAAGUGACAAUCAAUUCCUGUCCUGUUUUGAAUAUGGAAAGGCAUCGUCUCUAACUGGCUGAUUAGGAUUCUAUUUAUUAAGAUUUGUUCAUAUGUGAAAUAGUCUACUACUCUCCCAAGGAAGCUCUAACCUGUAUAAUAACAACAUGGGUAUGAAGAUGUCUUAAGCUUCUCUGAGCCAGUGGUGGUCUGCAUCAUGAGCUGGAGAUCACUAGCUAGUUUAUGCAUUACUGCAGUUCCUGUGUCCUCUUGUAAUCUUAUGUGUUUUCAAUUUUCAGUGAGGAAGAGAGAACUUCAACUGUACCAUGAAUACUUAAUUGGUAUCUCCAUUAGUGCACCAUGGAAGUAUUGUAUAUAUGUCUUUCAGUUAAUUUUUGAAUCAAGCUGCUGGUCAUGCAACUGUA